AUGGCGAACUUCGAGCAUGCAAAAGACGACUCAAAACAUGCGAACAUGUCCGGCGAAACACCGGGCAGAAGCGCGGACGUCGUCUCUUGCGCCAUCCCGUCGUUCGCAGCCGCCGCCGAGCUGAUGUCCGCGCCGUACUCGUGUCUGGUCAUGAACACGCACAGGAGACACGUCAUCUUGCCCCCCAUGUACCUGAAUAAGAAGAGGACCGGGAUACAGGAGGAGCUGGAAGCCGAGCUGCUCAAGUUCUCCCAAAGUCUAAAGGGAGUACCCCUGGCUUAUGAAAACAUCAGGAUAGUGGGUCCCCAUGGAAACAUCUUCGAUGACAGCGGCUACAUCCACAUGGACGUAGAGGCCAACUUUAUUGUCUUUCAGCCAGAAAAUGGACAGAAACUGCUGGGUAAGGUGAAUAAACUAGGAAUGAGCCAUGUGGGCUGCCUGGUGCACGGCUGCUUCAACGCCAGCAUCCCCAAACCCGGCCUGGUUUCUGUGGACACGUGGUGGGCUGCAGGGCCGAGAAUCGGAGCGGAGCUGAAGUUCUAUGUGACCGCUCUCGACGCUGACACUGCAGGGGUGCUGCUGAUCAGAGGACUGCUGGACAGGACCAGGGUGCAAGAGCUGCUGGCUAUUGGUGAGAGCUCGGAGUCGGGCGUCCCAGCAGACCAGCCAGAACCACCAGAGACAGAACCGAACCCAGUACCCACCGAGGAGUCUCCUGUAGACACCCCCAAGAAGAAAAAGAAGAGAGACAAGGUCAAGGAGGAGAAGGAUGAUGAGGAGACAAGUACCCCUUUCUGCCAAGUCGAUGGCAACACAACAUCAGAGCUUAACGGAACAAUCACUGAAGCAAAUGAAGCUGGAGAGAAGAAGAAGAAGAAAAAGAAGAAGAAACAUGUGAAAGAAGAAGAGGAGCAGGAGGAGGUUGCCAUCUAUGGCAACACAACAUCAGAGCUUCACGGAACAAUCACUGAAGCAAAUGAAGCUGGAGAGAAGAAGAAGAAGAAAAAGAAGAAAAAACAUGUGAAAGAAGAAGAGGAGCAGGAGGAGGUUGCCAUCUCUACCAUGGAGGUCCACGGGAGUGACUCCAGCGGUUACCUCAGUGACAAGCCAAGCAAAAAGAGGAGACAUGAAACUGCUUCAGAUGUUGCAUCUAGUUUUAGUAAAGUUCCUGAACCACCAAAGUCCAAGAAGAGAAAGUGACAUUAAAAAGCUGAAAUAAAUGAUCUCAUGUUAGCAAUUAAAUGUCCUUCUUCUUUUUUUAGCAAGCAGGUUUUCUGUUGGUUCUUCUGAGUUCUUGUCAUGCUUGCAGGAGAACCUUUCUAGAGUCACGUGGUGCAACCUGUGGAAACACCAGAGGACUCGACCAUCAGUCCUCAUUGUAAAUGCAACUCUCUCACUCGCCCUGUGGGGGGAGCAAAACCUCUUCAAAGACUUGAGAACACAUCAUCUGGUAAACAAUGUGCGGAGAUGAAAUAGAGAGGUUUGCAUUGAAUGUAGAGCCAACGGGUAAAUGUAUAUGUUGAUAAUACUGCUCUGUGUGGUGUGUGUUCUGCUUGUAUACCGAGGAAGGAAGACUAGGCAAGACCGCUGAGCUCUGGUGAAAAUCAACAGAAAUGGACAUUAUUCAGUUCUUAGCCAAAUUAAAAAGCUCUAUUUUUGAAUGUU